UUAAAACAGCCACAUGUCCAUUAGCUUUGGGUCCGUUUAAUUACAGUGUUACAUAUGGAUUGACUAGGGGGAUUAAUUUCAAGGUUUGCGCAUGUAACAUUCCUAAACAAUGAGGAGUUUCUGUGAAGGGUGGAUAUUGGUAAUACUAGUAUUUCUGUGGACAAAUUGGAGUACCCCAGCCUAUUCCGGAGAAACCUUGUACAAAGAUCAGAUGACUACAGUGCGCCUUCCCUGCCAGUCACGGGACACGAAGAUGCCAGUAAUAUGGGAAAAGACACCGGGUAGCCAAACUAUUUUCUUUAACGAAAUAAGUCACACUAAUGAUGAUAAGUACUCCCUGGGUAGAAAAUAUAAAGACGAUUGGACCCUGGUGAUCAAUACACUUCUGAAGAGGCAUGAGGGGGUGUACGUGUGUUUGCAGAUUCUUCGUGGUAAAAGAACCACCCUUAAAGAAUAUACACUCCUCUUGAAUGGUCCACCUCAAAUACCACCGAGUACACCUUGGUCGAUAAAAAUAGCAGUAGAAGAGGGUGGCACGGUUGACUUGUGGUGUAACGUAUCGAGUCCGACAAAGCCUCUCAUCCGCUGGUUCACACAAGAAAAUGGACUACUAAAUCCGAUCCAUGUCAACGGUCCACUUCUACAAGUCCGCAACAUUUCCAGAUUUUGUGCCACAAAACACGUCUGUCUCGCCGAGAACGAAUACUCCAAUAGUCCCAUCAAUAUGACCUUUGAUAUCGAAGUAGAAUUUGCUGCGCGAAUACUUUUAUAUGAUGUAAGACCCAACAAAAAAGAUUUACUAUCGAAGACACUCUACCGAAAAAGAGAUGUUGAAGUGAUAUUACGAUGUGACGUCAUGGCAUCACCUGAUGUUGAAAUAUACUGGAAGGUCCAAAAAUUUAACAAAUCUGAACUCCAAGAACUAGCAUGCUACACACCAGGAAAGGGGAUCUCAAAGAUCAAUAUCACAGAGAACAUUUAUAGAUUUGACAUUUAUCAUGUCCCACAGAAAAGCGUGACAAUGUUUGACUUAAUUUUCACAACGAAACAAAACUUUACCUUCUCAAAGUAUGUAUGUGAGACGGAAAGCGGUAAACUUCCGGGCGAGAAGAAAAGCAUCACUGUUGCCCAGAGACGAUAGCAAAGGGAAACAAAAUCAUAUACACAUCAGGUCAAAUUUAGUGAAAAAAAAGUGAUCUGACACUGUGAAUGUUUUAAUACAUUUUUAUUACAAAUGUUACACAUGCAUUGCAUUUUUUAAAAAUAUUUUACCUGUGCCUGUACUGUAAUUUCAGUUUGAUAUGAUGAACUGGCUAAUGACCAAUAUCCGGACAAUACACAUACGAUACAUUUU